UUUCACUUGCGCCUUCUAUGGUGUGAGCCUUACUUUCUCACGCGGAAACGAUCCUCUGUUCUAUGCUCCUGUGUUUGGAGUUUUUUGCCGUAGCCACCCUCGGACGAGUUUUGAGCGUGGUGAUUCUUAUUUGUGUUUCGGGUACGGGUGUGAGGUGGAGGCUGUAGAAUCAUUCUCGCAGGUGCUCGGAGUUGGUGAUGAACGGCAGGAAUUCAAGUGGCGCUGGUAGCCACUUGAGCGUAAUGUUGUUAACCAGACGGCGAGUUUGAAGGAAUUGAGGAGUAAGAGAAGCUGCGGUGGUCGCGGGAAGGGGACAUUUGUAGGAAGACGAAUUUCAGUGUCCAGGCAUUGAGAGCAGAGCAAUUUGACCGAUUUUUGGACGUUUUUUUGGAAGGGGUGCGACAUGUUGGUGGUUCGAGGGGAGUUUCGCGUCUCGUAAGGAGCGAGUUCAUGUAGCGUUUAGGGUGUGAUGGACGGUUGUGGCAGUGGCUGUGCUGCAGUUGUAAACAGAGUGUACCCGUGAGAGGUGUCGGAGGGAACGAGGCAUGCGUGUUAAGAGCGGGGUUGAUCGUUUAUUUUUUCUUUUCUAUCUUUCUCCAUCGCGUCGGUUGAAGAAACUCCCUGUUGAUAUGUCUAGUAUGUUGUGUUAUGCUGUACGUUUGAGAGCUUGUGUCUGGCGCAGUUGAUCUUGACUCGAAGAUUUAUAUGAGUACAUCUGUUGGCAUUGAUCACGUGUCUUUUCCGGCGAGACGAUUCGAAAGGUUUUUUUCUUAAACAUCAAACUCGAUACGAAAUUUGAGGAAAUGAGUUGGUGAAGACUGGAAUCGCAUUAUUCAGAGUUGUGUCUCGGAGACUUCAGUCCUUGUGCUGCAAGUCCUUUACACUAAUAUCGAAGAUAAGCCAUAUUCUGUGCCGUGUGGAUAUUACAUCAUACUUGAUAGUCGGAGAGGGGAUUGGUAUUGAUCACGUUCAACAUCAACAUACUCAAGGUUGGGACAGAGCACGAGAAGGGUUGCAACACUUAGUGUUAGGCGAGGUCCUCGUCUAAGGAUUGUAAUCGGGUUUCGCAUGCUGUUUUGCAGCAACCGAACAAAAGAAUUGCGAUGGAAUUUGUAACCAGGAAAAUUGUAUGAGUAGUUCGAUGUAGUUGUUGGAUUUCACAGCUGCUGAGCUGAGCUUGCAGCUGUCUUGAUUGUGAAUAUUAUGUAGUAUAGAUUGUAUGAUACAGCGGAUAUAGCUACUAAUGUCAUUGUGAAUACAUAUGUACUUGCUUAAAUUGUGAAACCUAAAGUGUGAAGUAUAUCGCGUCGGCCGCGUGCGUAUUUGACUAGACAUCGAGACAAUAUCUGUCGCUUCAUCGAUCAGCAUGAGGGGUUGAAGGAAGUAAGCGUCUAGAAGCGGAGGCGCUACUUGUCGGCUGCGUUAAGGAGUUGCUUGAACAAGUUCCAUUGGUUUUUGGUGGAAUUGGUCAAAAUGGCUGCCUCUGGGCUCGUUAUGUCUCCGGCGGAAGCUUUUUUACCCGCACUUCAUCGCGGGGCUAUGCCGUCGGUGGAGGCUAUACAAAUUUAUCUUGCAACACUUGGCUCCGAAACUACCACCCCCAUGCAGGUCUUCAGGUCCGACACCAUAUCGUCCGUUAAAAUGAAGAUUCAGGCUUACAAAGGAUUCUACACUAGACAACAGAGGCUUGUAUAUGGGGUUAGGGAGCUGACUCGCAAUGACCGCCUGGUCAGGGAUUAUGGUGUCUCGAACGGAGAAAAGUUACAUUUAGUUCUGUAUCUCGAUGAUAUUGUCGAUGUCACUAUCAAGUCGGCUGAUGGAACUGAGUACGUUUACAAAGUUGAACGUAGCCAUUGUGUUCGCGAUCUGAAGAAGCAGAUCUCUGAGAAAGAGGGCCUAGCUUUGAAUGCGCAACAGUUGGUUCUCAGAGGGCAAAAUUUAGAAGACCAGAAGUGCAUUGAUGAAUUGUGUCUUGAGGACGAUGCUGUGGUUCAUCUUGUAUUAAGGCGAUCAUCGAAAGUCCGGACGAGGGUUGUUGGCAAAGACGUGGAACUUUCCGUAUCAGCAGACGAACCUGUUCUUUCAAAGGGGAAGGCUCUCCUUCAGGAAGUGCAGGAGGUCCCUCUUACAGACCAGUCCAAGUAUACUAUACCUCAUCGUCAACUAAGUUACAAUUUUAAGAAUGGAGGUACGACCAAGAAUGCGGUUCAACCUGUAUAUGUUUUGGAGCCUGCGUGUGGAAUUUUACGGUAUGAGAUUCCAGAUGUCUUAGUUGACAUUCUUGAACAAGCGAAGGCUGGUCUUCAGGGAGGUUAUGCGCCUGCCUUGGCAUCGGAAGGAUCUGGUGGGGCGUAUUUUCUUAAGAAUUCUUAUGGUGUAGAAAGUGUUGCGAUCUUCAAGCCUGUCGACGAGGAGCCACUUGCAAUAAACAAUCCUCGUGGUUUUGCCAAAAUUUCAAGGGUAUCUAGCAGUGAAGGUUUGAAGAGAGGUACGAGAGUAGGAGAAGGGGCCAUGCGGGAAGUGGUUGCCUACUUGCUCGAUCAUCCUAAGGAAGGGCGGAGAACUUCUUUUAAGAAGCAUCCCCUUGGUUUUGCUGGUGUACCUCCUACAAUGUUGGUUCGAUGUGCACACGAGGCUUUUCGAUAUUCUGAUGACACUUUGGAUGUUGUAAAGAAGCCCAAGCUUGGCUCUCUUCAGCAGUUUGUGCGUUCCUUCACCAGCUGUGAAGAUAUGGGGACUGCGAAAUUUGACGUGGAAGAUGUGCACAAAAUUGCUGUCCUUGACAUGCGACUGGCCAACACUGAUAGAAAUGGCGGGAACAUUCUUGUCUGCAGAGAUGAGAACAAUGAUAUGAAGCUUGUACCAAUCGAUCACGGAUAUUGCCUACCUGAGAAGUUCGAAGAUGUUACGUUCGAGUGGAUCUAUUGGUCGCAAGCGGAGGAACCGUUCUCACCGUCUACAUUGAAGUAUAUCGAGUCUUUGGAUGCAGAGGAGGACUUGGCGCUUCUCCAGAAGCACGGAUGGUCUUUGCGAACUUUAUGUAAAAGAGUGUUUCGGUUGUCUACAAUGCUUCUGAAAAAAGGUGCAGCUGCUGGGUUGACCCCUUAUCAUAUUGGUUCCAUGAUGUGUCGCGAGACCCUCUUUAAGAUGUCAACGAUGGAAGAAAUGAUAGAGGAAGUGGAAAAAAAUCUGCAUCCAUCUGCCAGUGAGUGUGAUUUUUUGAAUGCGAUGUCAGAGACGAUGGACUCCCGCAUCAACAACCUUAAACGAGAAAUUCGUUGAUGAGUGUAUUUGUAUGUGUAGUUGAAUUUUCACAGAUAGCUUUCUAUAGGCCUGACAUUAUACUUGCAAACUUCUAACAGUUCAGGAUGUUGCAACAUAAUGUGUAGAACUUGUUCAUUCUUUGCUCUUAAAGAUACUGAACCGGUAUUACCGUAACCCCUCUAACAUGGUAAACUUUGAGAAAUCCAAUGUAUAUGGAAAAGUUUUAAUUUUAGGGAGAUUGUCACGGUUCUUUAUCCUACGUUGUGCCAUACAUGCAGCCUCGGAUUUACUUGUUAAUGAAGCCUCCUUUUGUCUGUA